AUGUGUGGGAACAACUUAUGGAAGAAAGAAAUGAAAUAUUCCUUAAACUAUUUUAUCUCUUUCUUUUUUCUUGGAUUGGAAAUUGGACUUCAAAAUAAUCUAAAUAUAAUCCAAAUUCUUUCCAUAAUCAUCAUCGUUAUUUCAAUUGCGUUUAGAGUCCUUUAUUCCUUAUAGAAAAUCUCUUGGAAAAUAGGUAUACAAAUCUUAAUAUUCAGAUAUCUCCCCUAUAUUCUUUUGGUUAUUGACUCUUGCAAGAAUCAACAGUGCAAAUAAUUUAAAAUAAGAAUCUCAUAGUUUUCUUUUUUAUGCUCUUGGCUUUAUGAAUGGUUAGUAUAAUAACACUUUUAGUAUUUAGAAUGAGAAUCCAAUAAUUUUUAAAGGUAAAAUUUGUGUUCAAAUUUUAAUUUUUAUUACUUGUUUAUCAAUUACUAAUGAUAUUUAGCUUGGGAUCAUGUUUAUACUAAUUAUUUUAUGUAUCUUGAUUGGAUUGAAUGAAAUAUUUUAUAGAUAAAUGUUGAGUGAAGCAGAGAUUUAGGGCAAAGAAAAUAAAUAAAACAAGCUCUUUAAUGAACUAUCAUUUCAAUAAAUUUUAAAAUCUUAAACUAAACCUUCAAAUGAUGAACAACUCUUUAUAAAACAUUCAAGAGGUUGUCCUCUUGAAUCUAUUGCUGAAGAUGAAGAAAUACCUGAAUGUAAAUAAAAAUAAUAGAAUGCUUCAAACUCUACCAAAUCAUCUCUUUGGGGUAAUUUUGUAUUCUAAUGCGAUGAUUACAUAAUUAAAUUUUCAUUUAAUGCUUAUUAAAAUAAUUCACUCAUAUAGAAUUCUGUUAGCAAUUAUUCAUUUAGUAAGUUUCUUUAAGAUCAUAAUAUAACUUUCGUAGAUUUUCUAUCUGAAAUGAAAGUAUUCAAUGACAUUCAUUUGACUUAGUUUGAUAUUCAAAGUCAAGAAUUCAAAAAAUAAUAAAGCCUUUAUGAUUGGUUAUAAUAUCAUUUAGAAUAGUACAAAAUGAUUGAAUAACUUCAAACCAAAAAAUCUUUAAAAUAAUUAGAUGGAGCAGAUCCCUUAUAACUAAGUAAUCUCUCCAAUUAAAAAUCUAUGUUAAUGGAUAUUAUUAUGGAGAAAUCCAUUAUGGGAUUAUCAUCUAUUCCUUAUUAAUAGAGUUCAUCAGAAGCAUUAAAUCUAAAGAAUGGUAAAAUGAGUCUCUUUGGAAGAAUAAAAACUCAUAAAAUUAUUUAUGACUUGUAAAUUAAAUUUUACAUUUUUGAAGAAGUAUGAAAAUUUUGUAAUUAGGAAUCUGAUGGUUUAGCUAUUGUAUUUUUAAUGAGAGAUAUAGAUAAAUUGGUUUAAUCAAUAAAGUAGAAUAUUAAAAAUGUUGAAUUAUUGGAUAUUGCUACCAAAUUUAUUUAAAAUUAAGCUUAUAAAACAACUGAAAUUCAUAAAUGGAUUCGUGAAAUUAAGAAUCCUUCUAGUUUAAUUGAAACAGAUUAUUUUAGUCGAAUGGGUACAUCAGCUCGGAAAAGAACUUACUCAUUAAGCUCCAAUAAAAAUAGUGUUGAGUUAGGAUAAUCUGAAAUAUCUGAAAAGGUUCAACUGCGCAAAAUUAAUCAAUUAUAAUAGUUCUUAUCAAAAUUAUAAUUUGAUUUCCUUUAGGUUGAAUAAGAUAAUUUCAAUUUUUUUGAAGUAUUUUCUUAAAAAGAAAAAAUUUGGUUUGAUAGGAAAAAGAUUGAUAUUUCUUAAACAAUAAAUUUACUCUUUGAUCAAUUUUAGCAUAAUUAAACUGUGAUAAAAUAUGGAGUGAAAUUAAUGCUAAUUGAAACUAAUCUUCAUGAUAAAAACAUAAUUACAGAUGCAAGGUUUAAUAUAAUAUUAUUUUUUUUAGAAGAUUUAAAUAAUUAUUAAUUAAUUUGAUUAACAAUUCAAUACAGGCUUAUUAAUUCGAAUCGUUUAUGCAAUAACCAAAUGAAGUGGAAAUUACUGUGUGGAACUAUUAUGAAGAAAUCCAUUUCACAAUUACAGAUUAUGGUUGUGGGCUUACUUAAUUAUAGCUUAAUCAAUCAAGAUUAUCAGAAUGUAAGUUAGGUUUGGCGGCAGCAUAACGAUUGUUGUAUUAAUUGACAGCUGGAAAAAAGUAAUUAACAAUUUAAUGUCUAAAUUAAAAAACAACAGUUUCAUUUUAAUUACCUAGAAUUCUUAUGGAUGAUAAAAUCUUAACAACUUAUGCAUGCGAUUAUGAAUAUAUUAAGUUUAUUAAUUCUUGA